CGGCCGUGUGCAGAGAUGCCUUCGAAAAACCACGACAACCAGCAGCAGCAGCAGCAGCAGCAGCAGCAGCAGCAGCAGCAGCAGCAGCAGGUCUAUCCUCCUCACCAGGCUGCCGCUCCCGACUUGCCCCCACGAACCCAUCACGAAGCAGACAGCAACAGCUAUGUCUACAGCGCAGUCACAAGCUCGCCGCCAGUCCUGCCGCCCAUUGGCGGCAUCGGCGGUACCACCUCAUACUUCAAUGACGCCCCCCAAACCCAUUCCAGACAGCCAUCCGGCGCAAACGGCAAGCUUCGCAAACCUGUCGCUGCCCCUCCUGCACAGCCCGUGAUACAGCCGGUCAGGUCCUUGAUCCCGCCGUUACACGAGCCCGAGCUGAACGAAGUCAACACCAAGCGGCUGUCCAAGACACAACGACAUCGAAGCAACUCUGCGGGCUAUGCUGCUGCUUCUCCCGCGCCACAAAACAGCCUGGCCGUGCAAAGCAUCGUGCCACCCGAAGCCCGUGGCAGGAGCUCUUCUGCGCAACCUCCCAGCCAGCGUCAGCAACAUGGGAACGAGAUCCGCAUCAUCUCUGGACCGCCCGCAAUCCCUACCUCCCGCCCUCCGUCGAGCCACGACAACUCGGAUGCUGGUGCCAAGGACGGUGAGAAGCGUGGCCGGUUGCGGAGAAGCUGGCUGCCGGGCUCACGAUCAAGAUCGCAGUCCAAAGACCUCAAGAACGGGAAGGGUAAUAAGGCAUGGGUUCUGGGCCAGAAUGUCGACUACAAUACCGACUUCCUCGUUGCUGGCGAAAGAGUGCCAGAGCUCUGGAAUGAGCAAGGCGAUGUUUGCAUACACUUGCACCCACGCGGGAUGGGCUCGGGCCCGUCCUUCAAGGUACCAACAUUUGCGAUCAGCACAUCGGUAGCUUUCAACAAUCUCAUUGCUGCUGAGGCCAGCAGCCCCGCACACCAGGGUCGAAGCGGAAUUCAGAGCUUCAGUGGGCAAAAUAGCCUCACAGCCGCAGAUGCCGAAAGAAACAUGGGCCCGCCACCGAUUCCAGUACCCCAAAAUGGAUCCGAGCAAGAUCUCUAUCUUCUUAUGCCUCCAACACAUGCCGGAGGACCAGGCGAGUUCGAAAGACUUGUCUCGAUACGAAAUCUCUUCGCCUUCCUCACGGGUCAGCCUUUGGUUGCAACAUCAGCGAAACCGACCUUGUUCAAAGUGCUGCUGGAGAUUUCGGAUCUUCUAAAGGAAUACGAGUUCACCAGUGCCGAUGGAACCAGCUUUGGUGAUGCUGUCGACAUGAGUUUCAGUUACCUGAUGGAUCAGUAUGCUCUGGCUGAUGUCAGACAUAGUCGUGAGAAGACCCUGGAGGCUCUCAUCUUGGGCGAGCGCAUGCGUUCCAUGAAUCUCUACAAGGAGGGAUUUGCUCACGCGGCCGGCAAAUACACGGCCCUUCGCGACUUAAAGUCGCCAUUGUGGGACCUGCUGCUACCCGACACUAAACAACGACUCGAACGCGCCCAUAUUGACCUCGUCAGCCGGCAGAACAAUGUCAAUAACCGGCUGGAGUCUUUCGAGUUCCCAGCACUGUUUUCGGGCAUUGCAAACUCCACAGCUCAUACCGAAUACCGCGAUGUCAAGUAUGCCACCUGGCGCAAGUCGUUCAAUCGCAUGAGGCAGCUAGUUCUCGGGCACUACAAGACGAAAUUCGGUAAUUGGCCUCCCAAGGCUCGCAGCAAGAAGAACACAUUCAGCGAGAGUGGUCUCAACAGACAAGUCCUCAAGAUUUUGUACUCCGAUUGCUGCGCGUUGUAUGAUCUUAUGGUUGACCGCCAGAACGUCACGACCCGCGCCAUUGACCAAACGGCUGAGGACACUGAUGACGACAUCGGCAACCCUCAUAUAUCUGCCCUGAGAAGGAUUCUCACCGAGUUCGACCAGUCUUCGCCUCCUGUCCUUCCGCCGAUUCCCUUUGAUGUUCCUCUGCUCCCGGAUAUGAGCACCAUCCAGGCGAAUUUUGCAACACUACCUCCCAAAGAGCAACAGCGCUUGGAGAAGAACCUGCAGGAAUACCAGCGCGUCCUGAUUCUGAGCAAGUCGUAUGACUUCGAGACGUUCAAGCUGCGCAUUCCGUUGUUGGAAGAGUUCAAGGAGCUCGAGGACAAAGAGACCAAGGGCAAGACUGUGGCAGAAAUGGCGGAGCAGCGCAUUGGAUACUGGCUGUUUCUGUAUGUCGUCAUCCAGUCUCUGCCCAUGCUGGUAAUUGACGCCCCCGGCCUGCAAUUCACCGAGGGCGUUGAGUACUUCCUCUGCGAGCCCCCACGAGGUCACCCUCCCUGGAUCGAGGAUGCACCUAUGGUCCGCAAACGUUGGUACGAGGUGGCAGGCGGUGGCGGACUGGUAGAGCUAUCAUCUGACGCUGUCGAGUUCGGCAUUGAAGGCAUCUAUCACCGCAGUCACUGCUGGCUUGCUGCUAAGGAGUGGGAGCUGCGAGGGCCGAAUGCGCUUGCGCCACCUACUGAAGAACCCCUGUCACCUCUCACGGCUCCGCAGGCUGUGUUUACCGAUAUGGACCCUGGAGCUGGCGGUCGGAGCGAGACACCUCCAGGCCCGCCCCCUGGCGGAGCAUUGCGAGCGAGGUCCGGUUCACCGCACGACAGGAACCAGGCCUACAGGAAGAGCGUGGCUCUUGGACUCGAGCCAGUCAUGCCUCCGCCAAGUGGCGACUCGGCACCAAAUCCCACCAUGGCGAGACCUCCUUCGUCUGGUCAAUGGUCACCUGCCGGCGGGCUGGCGAUACGCAACCGCUCCUCCGGCAACUUGCCAGCUCUUCACAGCGGAACACCGCCGAUCUUCAGCCCAGCGGACUCUGUCGGUAGUGGCUCGCGGCAGGGAUCCAUGGGUGGCAGCACAUUUGACGACAUUCUCAAGGACAUUGAGCAGCCAAAGAAAAAGAAGUCGUUCUUUUAGGAAUGAACGGCUCUUAACACGCACAGAUAAGCUUGUGUAGAUUGUAGAUUAUGUGCUUUGAAAAAAUGGGACAUGGCACAGUCCAGGCGUUUGGUUAAGGAGCCGCUGGGGAAGAAGGAUAUAAUCUCAUAAUUUUUUUGGAAGCAUUCAAUGACAGGAUCUCGUUUCGUCCAUGGAAAUGGGAAACCCCACAUUUGUGC